AUGUCGAAUACAAGCACAGAUGAUGAAGAUGAUGGAACUAUCUUUCGUGAAACUCCAACAUUGGAAGAAAUAGAAAAAUUUAGGCCUAAAGCAAGGAACGAUAUGCUGAUAAGUGGUUGGGAUGAUCAGGAUGAAAAUAUAGAAGUUGAAAGAAAUCCACAUGAAACACCAGAAAAAGAAAUACUAUGGGCAGCUGAGAGUGGUGAACUUGAAGUAGUUGAAGAUCUUUUAAAGAAGCAUCCUCAUUUAAUCAAUACUCGUGAUAAGGAUAAUUAUACACCACUUCAUAGGCAAGAUUAUUUCAUUAAGCAGCGUACAGUCAUAAUUUUGAUGUGGCUCAUGCAUACUACAACAGCUGGAGCUGAUCCUAAUGCAGAAACAGAAAUGAAAUGGACCCCUUUACACUCUGCUUGUAAAUGGAAUAAUGCUUCAGUUGCUGGUUUAUUAUUGCAAUAUGGUGCCAAUGUAAAUGCACAAAGCAAUGGAGGUCAGACACCACUCCAUGUUGCCUCUAGUUCCUCAGAUUGUAGAGAAGUGCUAACAAUAUUACUUCUAACUGAAGGAAUCAAGCCAAAUAUCUUGAAUUCAUCAAAUGAGACUGCAUUUGAUAUUGCAAAACGCUCCGGCAAAUAUUAUUACCUUUUUGAUAUAGCUCAUGAUGCUCUUAAUGAUGAAGAUUUAUAUUAAUGCCUGUGAUUCCUCAAC